AUGUCGCUGGGGAUGAAUUGCUUUGGAUUCUUAAAGGAGAUCCUAGCGGGAGAUCCACCGCACUCUGCCUGGGGCUUAUGGGAAGACAACCACCUUGGAUCGCUGAACUAUCUCAGCGACGAAAAGCUAUUGGAGACUGCAAAGAACGAAAUCAAAACCGGAGAAAGGAUCUCUCUCAAUCUUCCAUUAGACCUAAUCGAUCCACCAUUUCUUGGGAGGGCGCCAUUUGAGCGGAAGAUAAUCAACAAAGCACCGAGGGUGAUCAAUGAUGAUAUCAUCACUUUCAACACGCAAUUGAGCUCUCAGUGGGACAGUUUCCGCCACUUCGCUUAUCAAAAGGAAGCCAAAUUUUACAACGGUGUGACGCAGAAUGACAUUCAUGACACGACCGAUAGCACGGCUGGCGCCUGUUCGAACUGGAACGCCCGCGGCGUUGUUGGUCGUGGGAUAUUAAUCGACUACUAUUCAUGGGCUCGCGAGAAUGGGAUUGAGUUCGAUCCGAUCACAAACUCUGCCAUCCAUCUAGAUCAGAUCAAGAAAAUCAUCUCUGAGAAGAACGUCACCUUGCAGCGAGGAGAUAUUCUUUUCUUGCGGACUGUCUUAGCUUACCUUCUUUUGAUUCCAGGGUUUGUUGAUGGAUAUGGGCAGCUGAACAGCUCCGGAAGAGAAUCAUUGGCCAAGCUUGGUCGCUUUCCUGGAAUUUGCCAAUCUCGCGAAACAGCUGAAUGGCUCUGGAACCACCAGUUUGCCGCAGUUGCUGCGGAUUCACCGGCAUUUGAAUGCAUUCCGCCUGUGGAUCACGACUGGAUGCUGCAUCCGAUUCUUCUCUCCGGAUGGGGCACCCCGAUCGGUGAACUGUUCGAUCUGGAUGCGCUCUCAGAGAUAUGUAAGAGACUGGGAAGAUGGUCCUUCUUCCUGACCUCGUCACCGCUCAACUAUACGGGUGCCGUUGCAACGCCGCCCAAUGCUAUCGCAAUUUUCUAG